AUGGGUUCAUUAGCAUCUCCAUCUUCAUCAUUAGCAAACCUUGCAAGUUUCUUUCAUCAAAUCAUCACCGAAGUUUCUAAAAUCGAGCCGAACCUGAGUCGUUAUGCCCCAAAUUCAUACUUAAAUAAUAACAAUAGCCGAUUUUAUCAAACCGACCACCACCAUAUCUCUUCAUCACCAUCUUCCUCUUCUACUCUUACAAAAAAGCUAAAAUCACAGAAAGAUUUUUCUUUAGCUCCACCGAUUCUAAAUAGUUUCGAUGUUUUACCAACCAUGGCUAAUAAUCCUUCGUCAUCAAGAAUUUAUGGGAACUACCCUCAUUUAGCCAACAAUAAUAAUGAAAAUCCAGCCAUCCAAGGAAAUAUUAAUUCUUUGGGAAAACUAAGACAUGAUUACCAUAAUCCAAUUCACAAUCAAUCUCCUACACCCAAACCUAUAGAAAACAUAUACAACAUCUCCAAAUCAGUUCGGGCCAAUAGAUCUAUGGCUUCAUCAUUGUCAAGCAGAGAAGGAAGUCAUCGGGACGAUAAAGUCCCGACGGACAAGGCAAAUUCAUUAUGGAGCACAGCCACCAAUGCCGCCAGUUGUAUAGUCAACUCCUCCGAUUCUACUGCCGCAGACACCACCACAGCCGCCACCAGUUGUGCAGUUAAUUCCACCGUCACCAGGAGCACAAGUUGUACAUUAGUUUGCCAUAGAAGCCCCAAAUAUAAUGUGAUUUUUUUAAUUGGAAGUAUGGAUCGAUUCUUGCUCAUCAGUGCUUUAGAGAAUUGGUCCCGUCACUAUGGAACUCAGCUAUCAAUGAAGGACUUGACUGGCAAAGGUAUUGCUGGAAAUUUGGGAAGCAGCAUAUUCUUGGUGCAGGGACAAAGCAUUCAGAGCAUUCCCAGGAUAACUUCUCCAAUUGUUUCAACCGCAAGAUCAGUCAUGUCAGAUGAUGAAAUCAGUAUAAUUAGUACUCAAGAAGGUAAAUGGGAAAACCAAGAUGGCGGCAUCAACCAAAUGACUUCAUUUUUGGAAAUGGGGCGUGUCGAACAGCCAGCCAAAGUGCUCUUUCAAUUUGAUGAGGAGCUCAACCCGAUCAUUUAUCAUGGUCCGGUUCAGGUAGAUUGUCACAACAAGGAUCUUCAAAUCUCUCCGUCCAUGAUCCCCUCUUCCUCUUUUGGUCCUGGCCUGACAAAUUGCCAAAGUGCAACAUCAAUAAGAAAUAGUACCAUUGAGGUUGAUGUUGAGAAGAACAAGAAUGAAGAAGAGGUAGGAGGAAGCCAAGGUUCAACCAAACCAAAUGAGGAAAGAACCAAGAUGCAUUUGUAG